AACCGAACUCUAAAAUUCCAUGGCUGCCGUAACAUGGAACGCCGCGCGCGACCUCGUGACGAAUCUCGACACGAAAGAGCUGAGCACCUCCACGAUGGUUGGUCCGGACGGUUACUCCCACGAAUGAGCUAAAUGAACAUACUCUUUGCGGAAAGUUUCUGGCUCUGCUGUCGAUUCCUGAGGAAAAGAACCCACCAAUUGAUUUUGUUGCCGGUGGAUGCGUCCAGUUGACCCGCCAUCACUAUGCCAUAAAAGGGAUUGUGUGGAAAUGCCACGGUGCACGGCUUGCGGCUGUGUGCUUUCCCCGCAAGGGGCUUUAGGCUGGUCCCUCACGAGCCGAUCUCGACAAAGCACCGCUCUUCAGCCACCCGCGAACAAAGAAUGGAGCAGCCACUGCCAUGCAUUCCUCUGCCCUACCGCCUCCUGCUCCUCUAUAUUGAGCCCGUCUUCGCCCUCAAUGGCUCGAUCCUCUGUCUCUUCCAGCCCGAGCUCUUCCUCCACGCCUUCUCGCCGAAGCUCAAGUAUUCGCACGACUCUCAGCUCGUCUUCGACCAGCUCGCCGCGACGUACCUCCUCUUCGCCUUCAAUCAGGCCGUUGUUCUCCGCGUCGCUAAGGACCUGAGGGUGUGGAAGGCGAUCGUUCUGGGCAUACUGCUGUGUGAUACCGUGCACCUCUGGGCCGGCUGGAAGGUGAUGGGGACGGAGGUCUUCGUUCGGCCGUGGCUCUGGAGAAUCGAGGAUUGGGUUGCGAUCUCGUCGCUAGUAAUUCCGAUGGCAAUGAGGGCUGCGUUUCUGCGCGAAGUGGGAAUUGAGAAGGGCGAAGGUAAGGCAGCGAACGGCAAGGUCAAAGCUCUUGGACGCGAUAAGUAGCAGCGACAUGCGGCGAAUACAGGGCAGGCACAAUCAACGGUGCGGAUGGCAGGGGAAGGAGUGCGAUUAUGUUAGGAAAUGGCUCGCAUGUUCCCAACAUGUAUUUAUGGGUACUCUCGGUUCACCUAGGUAUCUAGGUACCAUGGUACCAUGGGCUUGCUCCGUUCUAGCGACGCAUAAGGAACGACGAUCUCUCCUUAUGUCCCUUCAUUCGCUCCACCCUCCUUGGGCCGAGUCAAGGCGAGCUGUGGUCUACACAAACUCGGGCUUAAAGCUCGCAUCCCUGAUAGUGGCGUAGCA